GAGUCAACGAAUCGCGAGCAGAAGGAUGCAACAGUUGAUGUGCGCAUAAAUGUGCAGAGUUUUUCCUCGCGUUUUGGAGACGCGCUGCGCAGGGAGGAUGGUGGCUGUGAUCCGUCAGGGGGAAAGGCUCCAGUCUUAGAUUGAUUUUCUUUUCUUUUUGUUUGUUUGCUUUUUUUUAAAGAAAAAAAUAAGAAAACUGCAUAUUUGUUCCUCCACAACGCAGUGACAAAAAAAAAAGAGAGAGAGAGAGAGAGAGCAAGCGCCGCGCUCUCUACAAAUUAAUGGGACGUGUUGGACUGAAACCCAUUCGAGUGGACUUCCACGCUCUGCCGGAAUGGAGUUAAUGCGUGCAUUUCAGACGGUCUGCUGCGGCGAGUGAGCGAUCUUGCCGAGCGGGGAGCAGCAAACAUGCAGCGGGUUCUGCAGAGGAGGCGAGUGCGCAAGCUGCGGGUCGUCUGGGCUUCCCUGGCCAUGGUGGCUCUGUCUCUGGCCGCCUGCAGCGCGCUGUUCACGGCGUGGACUUGGCGACAGACGCGGGACCUGUCCCAGUCCUUCCAGAUCCUGCAGGACCGACUCGAGCAGGUCAACACGCAGAGGAAGGCGAUUGUUCAGCUCAUUCUGGAGAAGCGAGAGCUGCUGCUGGAGCGAGUGAAGCGAGACGGGGGCUCGGUGCAAGGGAGAAAAGGGAAUGGAAGGAAAGCGGCGUCUCAUUUUGAGAUAACCAAGCUCUCCUCUCAGCAAGUCGGAGAAAGGGGCGUGAUAAGAGGCUGGGAGGAGAGGACGCUCAAUAUGAGUAAAGCGGUGAGGUACAACCAGGAGGAAGGCACCUUCACGGUGGAGAGAGCCGGCGUCUACUUCCUGUUCUGUCAGGUGUUGUUCAACGAACAGCAGUCUCAAUACGUGAAGCUGGACGUGGUGACCAACGGGCCCCGGCCCCAGAAGCUGCAGUGCAUGGAGGGCUACGGGACCACGCCCUCCGCGGGGCCGCACCCCUUCCACUUCGUGAAGCCCUGCCAGGUGUCCGGCCUCCUGCGGCUGGAGAGGGGCACAGAACUCCAGGCCAAGACGGGCCCGUCCUUCAGCCUCCACCCGGUGGCCAAUCACGUCUUUAGCAUCUUCAAAGUCAACUGAGGAUCGCCGCUCGUCUGAUCUGAGUCGCAAACUAUUCACGUGUAACGCAAAUCCAGCAGGACUCCUGCAGAAUGUAAUUCUUUGCAUUGAAAAAAAUGGAUAAUAUAAUUUUUUUUUCUCCUACAAGGCCAAACAAAAGGCUUCAGCUACUUCCCACAUGUGCUCACAUGAGACAAAGCGGACAUUUGUGGAAGCUGUAGAGGAUUUUUCUUUUUUGUUUUUCUUCCUCUGGACUGCAGCCUGUUUUGGAAUUCAGUUUUGGAUUAAAACCAAGACCUACAGUGAACACAAAAAAAAAAACAACAAAAAAAAACCUUGAUGAACUUCUGCCGAGAGAACAGAUGUGACGGAGGCCGGUCUGUGGAUUAAAGAGCUUCACAGAAUAAGAAAAUUCCUUUGGAGGUCCAUCUUAGCCCCCGUAUAACGCGAUAAAGUGCGCCUGAACUCUCACUAAGCUCACAUUAAAGAUGUGCACCUUCCACAGAUGAGAGCACAUCUGCGAGAGUCUGACUCUAUAAACGCUUUCUCCAGUUGGCAUUGACUGUUUAAAUAAUGCUGCCUUUGUGUGAAUGAACCCUGAUGAAUCAAAAACUUUGUGCUGAUUUUAUGAUCUCGUCGAUCCGAGGCGUCUGUGUGAAGUUGAUCUUUUUUUUUUUUUUUCAAAUUCAAAUGUUUUGUAUAUAAGUCAUUUAUUUUGCAGAACGUGCAUGAAGUCCUGAGUUGGCAGAGAAAAGGGGGAACAUUUUUGGAAUAACGCGGAUGUGAAUUUCUUCUACUUCUUGUUUUCUUUUUUUUCUAUGGAGAAAUGAUUGUAUAGUUUAAAAGUCAAGGUUCAAAUCAUUGCAAGCAAAGCACACCGCUGUAUAUUCUGCUUUAUCUGCUUUUUUUGUGUGUUCAGGGUGUUCCUCCUCUGUUUGAUGAUGCAAUGGCUAUUACUCAUACACUUUUUGUAACUUUUUAUAAGCCAAAGCAGCGCUAAAAAAGGCUGAUUCAAGUGAUGCAACUAUGCAAGAGUCAAAAUGUGUUCUGGCAUUGAAUUUCAGCACAAGUAGCUGUAAGAACUCUGUUGGCGGUUCCGUACAGAUUCUCGAGUGUAGCCAUUGAAAUGUCAGGAUUUCUCGCAAACGAAAACUAUUUCGUUGCCAUUUCAGAUUUGCAUAAUUAUAUUUUUUGUUAAACACAAUGAAGGGCUCACACAAGCGUAGAUCAAGACGCUUUCACUACAGUAGUUGGACACUAUUGCAUUUUUUCUUUAUUAGCUUAAGAGUAACACUUAAUUAUCUUAAUAUCUGUAUUUAAAUGUAAGACUUCACUGACUAUCGUAUUGAUCAUUUAUGUCACAGAUUCCUCCCAUAAACUUCUCUUUGUUUGUAUGGGCUGAUAUGCAGCAGCCUGACAUCAGUCCAUGAGGUUUGUAAAGUUUAUAGAGAACUAAAAGCACAGAUUUUCAUUUUCUAGCUUGCUAACUCAUUGCAGAAUAGCUCCAAAUGUUAGCAAUAGCACGGUGUUGGCACAAUCAGAAGCUAUUUCAAGCUUUAUGUCAUGGGGUCAGUGGUGGUUUUUGGUAUUUUUUGCCCAGUGCGGCAUAGCACAAGGGAAAUAGUUGCAUACUGAUGGUUGUGUUUCCAUGGAGCAGAAGGCUGGACGCAGAACCCAGAUAUGAACCCUGCAGCGCAACAAGGCCUUCAGACUUCUCAGACCUUUUCUGUUUUCUUCUACAAUGAACAGCAAAUUGAGAUUCACUUAUUCUAUAUUUCAGAUACGACACGUCAUCAAAAGUCGUUCUGUUUCAUAAAUGGGCUCGAUAAGGAGAGCGAGUUUGUCUUUGGGUGCGUGUGGAUCAUCAGAAGGAGGGAAUCAACCAGGCUCCCAAUCAUCCUAGAACCUCCACUGACUUGGAAAGUGAAAAAAAAAAAAAAAAUGACUGAAUGUUGUCUUCUUUGUGUAACUUAAGUUAUGAUCAGCUGUAAUAAAGUUAGUGUUUAUGUCUAACUAAACAAAAAUAACUAAAAUUCUACUUUUGUGGUUUUGAAAAAAAAAAGGAUAGUUCUGGCAAAAAUGACAAAACUGAACCUUGAAUGCGAGGUUUCAUAUUUUUACCAUUGAGCAAAAAUCAUUCAAAUAUCUUCCUGCCUUAACCAGAUCGCUUUUCUGUUACUUUUGAAAAUAUAUAUUUUAGUAAAUGGAACUUCCUCCUGUGUCUCCUAAGCUGCGGCUUUGUGUAAUAUUCCCUGUUAUAUUUCAGGGUGUAUUUCUAGCAUUGGGAUUCAGCACUCCCACUCUUGUUUAUAAGGAGUUUUGUGGCCGGACCGCAUUGGUUUCUCCUCAGCACUUUACGGCAGCGAUUGUUGUGUUCCUAAUUGGACUCAAACGUUGAUGUUUUCAAAUGGAAUUUUUUUUUUAAAUUUAGACAAUAAAUCCCUUGUACUUCCUCUUUCCUUUCCUUUUUUUUUUUUUUGUCAUCUGUGUAACCCCCGCCUCCGCCCACACCCUCUCUACGUCCAUGUGGACAUCACAUUUCCCUGUCAGCAUUCAUCAUAACACACGCACACACAGCAAUGGUGAUCUAAAUUUUCACUUCCUACAUCUGAAUCUGAACCACGUAAUUGAGGAAAAACAUGCCUCGUCCCUCCCCCAUCACCACACACAGUUUAACACACAUCCCUGCCUAGAAUAAUUUGUUAAGGUUUUUUUUUUCUUUUUCAUUUAACACCCCUGAAUGUCUUGUGAUCAGAUUUGUAAAAAUAAAUGAUGGAUGCAUA